AUGGAGAAGUGGGUGUCCUUCACGCGACCGGCGCCGGCGAGCAGGGACGGCAGGGCCUCGCCGACGAGCUCCAUCUCGGAGAGGGUGCGGCAGCACCACGCCAUGUGCACCUCGGGCACGGAAGCUCCUUCGGCGGCGGCGACGCACCAGUCCUGAGAUUGAGUGCGGGGGAGGAGGUUCAAGAAGCGGCGGGUCAGUGGAUGUGUGGACGAGCCAAGCCGAGAUGCGGCGUGUUUUCGUGCGGGCGAAAGGCGGUGGAUUAAAGGAUGCUUUGGACGAGUUAAGCCGAGAUAUGUCGUGUAUUUCGAAGGAAGGAAAUUUUGGAGAUGGCGGGUUAUGGAGGAGAUACAUGUAGACGAGUUAAACCGAGAUCGAUGAGACAGCAGCAGACUUCAUGGUUCGCCCGCCUCCGUCCCCGCCCCCACCCCCGCCCCAUACAAGACUACAUGGCCUUCUCGGAAUCUUCCCACUACCAUUGUCUGGUGUUUGUUCGGAAACCACUUUAGUAUCCCCUCCCCCCUCUAGACAUAAGUGGGUUGGCGCUGUUGGCAAAGCGCUGUAAAACACGCCACCCCAAAUAUAGCUCCCAUAGUAUGUGCUACCAAAUACGCGUGACGCAUGGACGAGUGGAGUGAGAGGAUUGCUGUUUACGGAAACCUCACAGUUUGGUUAAUGUAGGAGAUUGCCGGACACAUAGAUAUCGUGUUGAGCGAUUAUAGCUGUAUACUGAAACCUCAAGGGUUGAGUGAGGUUUGAGAUUGCCAGACACAUGGACGGGUUGAGUGGGGAUAGAUUCAUACUGAAACCCCACGGGUUGAGUGAUGUUGGAGUGCCGGACACAAGACGCAUUGAGUGAGGACAGACACAUACUGAACCUCACAGGUGAUUUGUGAUGGAGAUUGCCGGACAUAUAGACGUGUUGAGUGAGGAUAGCUGCAUACUGAAACCUCACAGAUGGAUUGUUUGCCAGACACAUAGACGCGUUGAGUGGGGACAGCUACAUAUUUACACCUUACGAGUUGAGUGAUGUUGGAUAGUGCCGACACAUAGACGCUUUGAGUGAGGAAAUACACACACUGAAACCUCACAGACAGGUGAUUUGUAUUGGAGAUUGCCGGACACAUAGACGUGUUGAGUGAAGAUAGCUACAUACUGAAACCUCACGAGUUGAGUGAUGUUGAAAAGUGCCAGACACAUAGACGCUUUGAGUGAGCAUAGCUGCAUAUUGAGACCUAACGGGUUAAGUGACGUUUGCGACUGCCGGACACAUAGACGCAUUGAGUGAAGAAAGCUGCAUACUGAAACCUCACAGGUUGAUUUGUAUUGGAGAUUUCCGGACCCAAAGACGCUGAGUGAGGAUAGCUGUAUACUGAAAAUCCACAGUAGCUAUAGUGAGGGGACAAUUCGAGAAAGCAGUACAGAUAGACCCGACCCCCA